GUGGUGGUGGUAGCGGCAGCAGCAGCCGCAGCCAUGGGGCUGCAGCCCCUGGAGUUCAGCGACUGUUACCUGGACAGCCCCUGGUUCAGGGAGCGGGUGAGAGCUCACGAGGCGGAGCUGGAGAAGACCAAUAAGUUUAUCAAGGAGUUGCUGAAGGAUGGGAAGAACCUGAUCGCCGCGACCAAGAACCUUUCAGCAGCCCAGAGAAAAUUUGCCCAUUCUCUGAGAGACUUUAAAUUUGAAUUCAUUGGUGAUGCCGAGACAGAUGAUGAAAGAUACAUAGAUGCAUCACUUCACGAGUUUUCAAACUUUUUAAAAAAUCUUGAAGAACAAAGAGAAAUUUUGGCACUCAGUGUUACUGAAACUCUGAUCAAACCUUUGGAAAGAUUUAGGAAAGAGCAGCUAGGAGCUGUAAAGGAGGAAAAGAAGAAGUUUGAUAAAGAGACAGAGAAGAACUACAGUUUGUUAGAAAAACAUUUGAAUUUGUCAGCUAAGAAGAAAGAGCUACAAUUACAAGAGGCUGAUAACCUAGUGGAGCAGAAUAGGAAACACUUCUACGAGCUGUCCCUCGAGUACGUGUGCAAGUUGCAAGAGAUACAGGAGCGGAAGAAAUUUGAGUGUGUGGAACCUGUGCUGUCGUUUUUCCAGGGUUUGUUCACUUUCUAUCAUCAGGGAUAUGAACUUGCUAAAGACUUCAGUCAUUACAAAAUGGCCCUGCAGAUAAAUAUACAAAAUACACGAAAUCGUUUUGAAGGAACGAGGUCAGAGGUAGAGGAGCUCAUGAACAAGAUCAGAAGGAAUCCUCAGGAGCAUAAAAGAGCAAAUCACUUCACGAUGGAAGGCUACCUCUAUGUACAGGAAAAAAGACCCGCUCCCUUUGGUUCCAGUUGGGUGAAGCACUACUGCAUGUAUAGGAAAGAGACAAAGAAGUUCACAAUGAUCCCAUUUGAACACAGAUCAGGAGGGAAAGUUGGCGAUGAGGAACUGUUCAUCCUUACCUAUUGUACCAAAAGAAAUAUAGAUACAAUAGACAGACGAUUCUGUUUUGACUUAGAAGCUUCAGACAGGCCUGGAGUUCCUGUGACCAUGCAGGCAUUUUCUGAGGAAGACAGGAAGCUAUGGAUGGAAGCCUUGGAUGGAAAAGAAGCUAUGUUCAUCAAUUUGAAUAAACCAAAUGCAAAACGAGAGGGAAGUGCACAAUUGGAUAAAAUAGGGUUCACCGUCAUCAAAAAGUGCAUCAGUGCUGUUGAAACACGAGGUAUAAAUGACCAAGGACUGUACAGAGUUGUGGGGGUGAGUUCAAAGGUCCAGAGACUUCUGAGUUUGUUGAUGGAUGCAAAAACCUGCAAUGAAGUUGACCUGGAAAACCCUGUAGAUUGGGAAGUAAAGACAAUUACUAGUGCUAUGAAGCAAUAUCUGCGAAGCCUUCCAGAGCCACUGAUGACAUAUGAGUUGCAUGGAGAAUUCAUCGUUCCUGCCAAAAGUGGGAGUCCUGAAUCUCGAGUCAAUGCUGUUCACUUCUUGGUCCAUAAGCUGCCAGAAAAGAACAAAGAGAUGCUGGAAAUCUUGGUGAAACAUUUAGCGAACGUUUCAAAGCAUGCCAAGAGGAAUCUAAUGACUGUGGCAAACCUAGGGGUAGUGUUUGGACCAACCUUAAUGAGGCCGCAGGAAGAAACUGUAGCAGCCAUCAUGGACCUGAAGUUUCAGAAUAUCGUGGUUGAAAUCCUGAUAGAAAAUCAUGAGAAGAUUUUCAAAACCCUGCCUGAUACCACUUUCCCUGAGCCAAUCUCUAUGUCAGUAUCUCCUCCAAAUGCCCCACCAAGGCAGUCGAGAAGACAAGGACAACGUAUUAAGAGGCCUCUGGCUGUUUACAAUCUCUGUCUUGAGUUGGAUGAUGCUGACAGUCACAGCUUUCCCAGAGAAGACACCCCAACUGGGAGCAUAGAUUCUCUUUCUUCCCAGUCUCCAACACCUGCCUUCUCUAGUAGCCCCCCUGUGCUCUUGGAUGGAAAUCACCUUAUCAUGGACAGUGGAGAUCUUGCAGGCUGGACAACAAAUCUCCCUGGUCAAAGCCGCCCAUCGAUGGUCUCGUGGAUGAAUAUUCCGUCUGCUAACCCAGCUGGUACAAAUACUGCACUAUCCACUUUCUUCUUCCCCAACCCUGCCACUGGGAGUGACAGAGCAGUGGAAAGUGCUGCCCACCGAAAAGCAAGAGCAGUUUAUCCAUGUGAAGCAGAACAUAGCUCUGAAUUGUCAUUUCAGAUAGGAGCAAUAUUUGAGGAUGUGCAAUUUUCCAGAGAACCAGGAUGGCUAGAAGGCACGUUAAAUGGCAAGAGAGGACUUAUUCCACAAAAUUAUGUUCAGUUUUUAUAGCUUUGUGCAUUGAACGCCAAGAAGGUGUACAUGGUAUCCAUGGAUUUUUGUUCUAGUCACUUGUCUCUACUUUUGUGACUGCUUUUAAUCAAUGAAGAGCUGGACUAUGGAUUGAAGAUCCUAAUCUGUAUAAAGAUAUUGUGUUGCCAAAUAUGAAUUACAAAAAAAAAAAAA